AUGGCGUUCCACAGCCACCUGUCGCACGAGAUGGCGCUGCCGCCGUACGCGGAGCAGCAGCUGGGGGAGGGCCCGGCGGUGCUCACGACCUCCGACGAGGCCGUUAGGAAGGCGUCCGGCGGAGGAGGGGGAGGGCCUUCUUGGCUCAGCAGCGCCGUACUUCGGCAGCAAGGCCACAACUACGGCGCCGACGGGAGCUUCCUCCACCUCCAGACCGCCUCCGACUCGUCCGCCUCCCCGGCGGCCGGCGCGGGCGGGGUUCAGUGGCUCCCGAGGCCGCAGAUGCGCGGCAGCGACGAGGAGAACCCGGUGUCGGGCGAGUCCAUGAUCGUGGCGGCGAUGUCGCACGGAGGCCGAGGAGGAGGGUCGAGCGUGCAGGGCGGCGGAGCGGGGGAGGGGGAGGCGGAGGCGGCGGCGGCCGGGGAGGGGACGUGGCAGAACGCGAGGUACAAGGCGGAGAUCCUGUCGCACCCGCUGUACGAGCAGCUGCUGGCGGCGCAUGUGGCGUGCCUGAGGAUCGCGACGCCGGUGGACCAGCUUUCCCGUAUCGACGCGCAGCUGGCCCAGUCCCAGCACGUCGUCGCCAAGUACUCCAUGCUCGGCGCUGCCGCCAACACCGACGACAAGGAGCUCAACCAGUUCAUGACACACUAUGUCUUGUUACUCUGUUCCUUCAAAGAGCAACUACAACAACAUGUUCGUGUUCAUGCAAUGGAAGCAGUGAUGGCCUGCUGGGAGCUUGAGCAAUCUCUACAGAGCCUGACAGGUGUCUCGCCUGGUGAAGGUACAGGCGCAACCAUGUCUGAUGAUGAUGACGACGACCAGGCAGACAGCGACACCAACUUGUUUGAUGGAAGCUUGGAUGGGCCUGACAGCAUGGGUUUUGGCCCUCUUGUUCCUACUGAGAGCGAGCGGUCAUUAAUGGAGCGUGUCAGGCAAGAGCUGAAGCAUGAGUUGAAGCAGGGUUACAAAGAGAAGAUUGUAGACAUCCGAGAAGAGAUCCUACGCAAGCGAAGAGCUGGAAAACUGCCUGGAGAUUCCACUUCUCUUUUGAAGGCUUGGUGGCAAUCCCACUCUAAGUGGCCCUACCCAACAGAAGAUGAUAAAGCACGACUGGUGCAGGAGACGGGUCUGCAACUAAAGCAGAUCAAUAACUGGUUCAUCAACCAAAGGAAGAGGAACUGGCACAGCAAUCCUUCUUCCUCCACCGCACUGAAGAGUAAACGCAAAAGGUGACCACAAUGCUGAACACUUCAUGUGAGAUGAUGGCCGAGCAUUUAAACAGUCCUGAAAUGGAGCUCAAUCGCUAAUCUAGCAGGCAGUAGAGUAAAUAUUAGCACAAACGUUCUGAAAGAUGGGCUGAGAAACCGUCACAUGUAAACUACUGAGGAAAGCCAGUGUAUCAAUGGGACAAACCACCAUAGUUCUACAAGCACUUGAUAUCCGAAUAUAUGCAUCAGCUUUACAGGUUUGUAGCCAUGCUAUUGCACUAAGUGGGCUAAAAGGUCGGAAUAUUGCAAUUACAAUGCCAGAAGAUUAUGUGGAACUUAUUUCCUACGUUGGCACUUGGCAGAUUAAGGUCUUGUUUGCACUCUCUGUAUCGUUGAAUAAAAUGAUGGAGCUAUUAGUGUACAGUAUAAUAAUUUUGCAGUGCUUGUCAAUGCGGUGAACCGGAGUGAAUUUAUUGUGCUUUUGCAUGUCAAUGAUCUACUGGUUGAAGCGUUGUGCUACGUAAUUCGAGACUUUAAAUUCACAGCGAAUUCUCUUUUUCUGUUUCA